AUUCAAACAAAACUCACUUUGAAAGCACACGGAACUAUAAACAUUUUAGUCUCUCUGGCAUUUUACUUAAAAAACAACAGGCGCAAGGUUAUUCUCUUGCUGAAAUUUUUAAAAAAGUUCGGUUGUGUAAGCGUCUCAUAAAAAUUUAAAGUUAAAUUAACUUGUAAUUCCAUCCCCUUCGGGAUGGCGUCUUUUGUGAUUGUUCUUGCGCUCGCGAUAUUUCUGAUUGCCACUUGUGCCGCGAAGGAGUAUAAAAUCUUUUGCCAAUAUGAUAUGAAAUCUUAUUAUUAUAAGAACACUAGUUUAUUCUACUCCUGGAAAAUCGACACCAGACUAUGUACGCAUCUGGUUCUGGGUACGGGAAUCGGUGUGAAUGAAGAAACUGGAGCGGUAAAGGUCAAAAACAAUGAUCUCCUGGACAAGGAUCUUCUAAUCCACGGAACAAAUCUAAAAUAUGACAGCGUCCAGAAGGUCAUAAUAUCUAUAGGGGGCUUUGAUGAAGAUUCCCAAAUAUUUUCCAAGAUGGCGGCCUCUGAUAAGAGGCGCGCAGAAUUCUGCAAAUCUCUGGUAGAUUUCAUGUUGGGAAUGGGCUACGAAGGAGCUCAGAUCGACUGGCGCUAUCCCACGCAACGCGGCGGUUACCCCGUGGACCGGAGAAAUUUCGUCCUCCUUCUACAAGAACUGAGCUUGAUCUUCCGGGAACACAAGUUCAUACUGGGUGUUGUGGCGCUGGGCAGAACCGACAAACAGACCCUGGAGAGCUACGAUAUACCCGAAAUAGUAAAAAACGUCGAUUUUGUCAAUCUCAUGGUGGACGACGAGCGAGACAAGUACAACAUACGUCUAUCCUACGUUGCUCCGCUGUUCGGAGCCACUAACAGCGUGGCCGCUGGUGUCAAGCACUGGAAGAAGACGGGCAAAUCUCCGGACAAGCUAAUUCUCAACGUCCCAUUCUUCGGCCGCUCCUUCACAAUGGAUACUAACCAGUCGGCUGUGGGAUCGCCCUGUAAGGGACCCGGGCUGCCGGCAAGGAACUCUGCCAUUGUCGGCUUCACUACCUUCAACGAGUACUGCACUCAAGCCUCGAAAUGGUCCAACUACUUCGACAAGGUGGCCAAGGUGCCGUACGCCACCCGUGACAAUCAAUGGCUGUCCUUCGAGAACUCUGAAAGCAUUUGGGCGAAGAUGCACUAUCUGAAGAAAAACCAACUGGGAGGCGCCAUGGCCUGGACUAUCGAUGCAGACGACUUUUUAGGCAAUUGUGGAAUCCGCUUCGGCUUGCUAAGCAACAUCCACUCCGCUCUGGGCGACCCGAAUGCACUUACCACCCAGGCACCGACCACGGAGGCCAGUGGCAUAUGUCCUCGUGAUGGAUUGAUUCGUGACAAAUGGGAAUGUCGCUACUACUACGAGUGUCGCAACGGCAAACGUUUCGAUUACGAGUGUGUCGAAGGUCAGUUCUUCGACGAGGCCAAGGGAUACUGCCGACCCGCUAAGGAGGUCAAGUGCGAUCAGGACUUUGUCGUUUGGCGCCCGGGCAUGCCAGUCUACAGUUACGAAAACCUUCCGUUGAACCUCAAGGUCGUGGAAUAGACCUCAAAUAUAAGAAUCUUGCAGUUUUCGGUUGAACAUUCAAAAA